CAGCGGAAACGCCUGCUGGCACUUCCAGUUUCUUCCCCUCUCAUGACGUAGCCACGUCAGGCUUCGUAUCAAACAUGGCUUCUUCGCGGCUAGAAAUAAAUUUCGUUCGGCUGCUGUCCCGCUGUGAGUCGAUGGCGCUGGAGAAGCGGACGGACGCGGAGUGGAGGCUGGAGAAGUAUGUGGACGCUCUCCAGGACAUGCUGGCUGCUCUGAAGAAGAGCUCCAGUAAACCGGUCCCCGAGGUGCUGACCGAUUACAGCCGGAAGGUGGACUUCCUGAAGGGGCUCCUUGAUGCUGAGAAAUUGUCCUCCCCAACAGAGAAGGCGGUGGCCAAUCAAUUUCUGGCUCCCGGCCGCAGCCCCACCUUGGCCGGAGAGAGGAUGCCGGCCAGCAAGGCUGUGCACGUGCAGACGAAGGCACGGCUCACCGGGGAAAUGAAGCGCGACCUCAUGGCAGAGGAUUCUGCAAAAAAAGCCAUUUCAGAAACAGAUGUGCGGCAAAGAAGGGGCCUGCUUCUGGAUGAGAGGCAGUCGGCAGCAGAGCUGGACGCUGUUCUGCAGCAUCAUCACAACCUUCAGGAGAAGCUCGCGGAGGAAAUGCUGAGUUUGGCUCGUAACCUCAAGAACAACACGGUGGCGGCCCAGAGCAUCAUCAGGCAGGACAACCAGACGCUGACGCAGUCCAUGAGGCAGGCGGACGUCAACUUCGAGAAGCUGAAGACCGAGUCCGAGCGCCUGGAGCAGCACGCCAAGAAGUCAGUCAACUGGUUCCUGUGGCUGAUGUUGGUGCUGGUGUGCUUCUCCUUUAUCAGCAUGAUCCUCUUCAUCCGACUCUUUCCGAGGCUCAGAUGACAUGUCCUGAACUCAGGGUCGAGCCAAGAGGCGACACAGGACAGAAUUCUUCCUGAUCGAUAUGUUCAGUUUCACUGCAGCGUGGCCUCGACUUUGAUUCAUUGACAGCACCCCCAGUCUGAUUGGUAGCGCAGGACUGUGACAUCACGACACUCCACUUGCUGCAGCUAAUAUCCUCACAGCUUUUGGUUAACUUCUCAUAGAUCUGUGGCAAAUUGUCUGCGGUUCACUGACUUGAUGUGGGGCUCAGUUGUGUGUGGUCGGUGGUGAUGUUUUUUUGAUGGGUGCGGGAGGGCGUGGAAACAGAUGGAUGUUGGUUAAGGGGUUGAACAUGGCGAGCGAAGUCAAGACUGACUUAGUGACUUGGUCACUGGGGAAGUUCUACAGCACCAGGCUGAUGGCAGGUGCAGCUCACAAAGAGGGGUCAUAUCCCACCCCCUUUGUACCAUUACCCUCUGCAUUCACCUCACUGAUUCUCCGAGGUGUGUCUUGUGCCCCUCGGGGUCUAUUGCCCGCUGCAUGUGUUUGAUCCUCAGGAGGCAUCUGCAGGAAGGUGUGCACCUGGCCAGGCUCACACCAGAGCAAAGCUGUGCGCUGUAGUGCCGUUUUAGACACCCUUGGCAUGGAAGGUGGCUUCUGAUUGUGGAGAGCCCGUUUGUCCAGACCACACUUUGAACUUGACCGUGGUGAAAAGCCACCUGCGGUGACCUUCCCUUCCCCGAACGGAGCAUCAGUCUUCCAAGGUGCCCUUGCUUCCUGCUGCCAGUGUGUUGUCAUAUUUAUUUUAUUAAAUAAACGCCAAGUUA